AUGCCCACUACACCCACCAUGCCCACCACACUCGCCAUGCCCACCAUACUCACCAUGCCCACUACACCCACCAUACUCACCAUGCCCACCCACCAAACUCACCCAUGCCCACCACACUCUCCAUGCCCACUACACCCACCAUACUCACCAUGCCCACCACACCCACCAUACCACACUCACCACACCCACCAUGCCCAUCACACCCACCACACUCGCCACACCCACUAUAUUUCACCAUGCCCACUACACCACCAUGCCCACCACACUCGCCAUGCCACCAUACUCACCAUGCCCACCACACUCACCAUGCCCACCACACCCACCAUACUCACCAUGCCCACCACACCACCAUACUCACCACACCCACCAUACUCACCAUGCCCACCAUACUCACCAUGCCCACCACACCCACCAUACUUCACCAUGCCCACUACACCCACCAUACGCACCAUGCCCACCCACCAAACUCACCAUGCCCACCAUACUCACCAUGCCACCAAACCCACCAUGCCCACCACACCCACCAUACUCACCAUGCCCACUACACCCACCAUGCCCACCAUGCCCCCCACACUCACCACGCCCACCAAACUCACCAUGCCCACCACACACCUAAUGGCGACCUGGAAGAUUCAAAGAUACGAGGCUGUCAAAUCACAACAAAAAGGCGGAGGGACUGGACAGGUCAUUGGCACGCGAGUCGCUGUCAGGCGCAGCUGGACUUGA